AUGGUAACCUUUCGCCUGCUGAUGCUCCUCCUGAGCAAGCUGACCUUUGCCCUUCGGUAUGACGGACAAUUAUCCGAAUACAACCUCAAUGAGAACAGAUCAGCGAAUAGUGUUUUUGAUUACUGGGGCAAAUGGCCAGGGCAUUCAUACCAUCCCUCUCCUUCGAAUUGGCGAUUCCCCUUUUACACGCUCUUCCUCGAUCGAUUUGUGGAUGGCGACCCCGAAAACAACGAUAUUAAUGGCACCAUGUUUGAAACUGACAACAUUUCAAACCAGUAUCGAUUUGGGGGUGACCUGGUCGGCUUGGGGGACACACUAGACUACAUUCAAGGCAUUGGGAUCAAAGGUAUCUACAUUGCGGGCACCCCCUUCGAGAACUUUCCUUGGAAGUCGGAUAGUUAUUCGCCAAUGGACUUGAGCCUGUUGGACAAACAUUUUGGAAACAUUCAACAGUGGAGAGCCACCAUUGAUGAGAUUCACCGGCGAGGAAUGUAUGUCAUGGCGGACAGCACAUAUGGCACUAUGGCAGAUCUACUCGGAUUCGAGGGGUUUCUCAACAGUUCUGCGCCUUUGAACCCACUCGAAUAUAGAACAAUCUGGAAGGGAGAUCGGAAAUAUUUUGAUUUUGUGCCAAGCGAUCACUACAAAGAACGGUGCACGUAUCCUACUUUCUACACGGCGGAAGGAGAGCCCAUUCUGAAUGGUUCCGACCCAUUCUUUGAUGCACUCCGGGGGUGUUACGACAGUGAAUUUGACCAGUAUGGUGCCAUCGAUUCUGUCAGUCUCGCACCUGACUGGCAAAAGUCUCUCGCCAAAGCGGCCUUGGUGCAGGAUCGACUUCGGGAAUGGGUUCCAUCCGUCAGACAGAAAAUAGAACGAUUCACCUGCAUUUUGAUUACAUCGCUGGAUAUUGACGCACUACGUUUUGACAAGGCAGGACAGUUCACGGCUGGCAAUUCCUACGCGUCGAUCUACCUCGGUCGUGGACGCGAGCCGGAAAUGAGGCCGCACAAUCAGAGCGAAGGAAUUUUUCUUACCAACACCUCGGAUGAUCGAUACUUUCUUCGGAAACCGGAGGGACAGGCGGCGGAUGCUGCAGUGUUUCACUACAGCAUCUAUCGAGCGCUGACGAGAUUUCUGGGCAUGGAUGGCAACUUCACCGCACCCUGGGACACAAGCGUCAACUUUGUGGAUGCCUGGAGCGACAUCCUCAUCACCAACGAUCUCAUCAACGCCAACACCGGAAAGUUCGAUCCGAGGCAUAUGAUGGGAACAGCCAACCAGGACACAUUUCGAUGGCCAUCCAUCAAACAAGGAACGGCCAAGAUGCUGUUAGGGCAGUUCAUCACCUCCUUGCACCUGCCCGGGAUCCCAGUUCUGCUCUGGGGCGAAGAGCAAAACUUGUACCUUCUCGACAGCACCAGCCCCCUUGGCACAUUUGGGCGGCAACCAAUGACUUCAUCACCCUCCUGGCAAGCCCAAGGAUGCUAUGGGCUGGGCUCCAGCCUUUUCAAUGACUUUCCCGUUGAAACUGCGUUGACCGGAUGCCAUGACCAUCAAGUGGGCCUGGACCAUCGGGAUCCCACCCAUCCAGUACACAACAUCAUUAAAUCGUUGUACUAUCUGCGUGAAAAAUAUCCCACUCUCCAAGAUGGCUUCUAUCUACAAAGUCUGUCCAAAUCCACCCGCAAUGUUACGCUUCCAGGGUCUAACGGCACGGCGACGGAGCUUGGACUGUGGGGUGUUGUUCGCGAUCAAUAUCUCGGUGUGAAUGACCUCGACCCGACCAACACAACCGCAGUGUGGCUUAUCUAUCAUAACGAAGACACGUCGAUUGCAUACGGGCUAGACUGCACCUCACCUUUCACCAGCUUCUUAGCACCGUUCAAGGGGGGCACCAGAGUCAAGAAUCUGCUGGCCCCUUACGACGAAAUUGUUUUGCAAUCUAGUCGGGUUCAAUUAGGAAUACAUGACUCACAAGAGCUCAACGGUUGUCUCGGUCCAAGCACUUUCCAACCUUUUGAUUUUCGAGCCUAUGUUCCAAUAGCGCAAUGGAUCCCUCCUCCGGUGGUGAUGACCAAGUUUGUCCCCGGGCACGAUGCUCGACUCGAGUCCAACACUCACUUCGGCGAAGGGCAAAGCGUAGAGAUUGAGCUACAAUUUUCAGAAAGGUUAGAUUGUGAUAUAGUCACGAAUAGCCUCACCAUAGCAUCUACGACCCACGGUCAGACAAUUCCGAAAGUCAACCGCGAAAGUGUAUCCUGCCAGAUGGUUCAACCGGAGCCUUUGGAACAUGCCGGCCAGAUUCCCUCCACAUGGUCCUGGAGAGCUACUUUGGAUAAUGUCACCCAUGGGAUCCAUAGCUUGAAGCUCGAAAAUGCUUCUACCGCCACAAACUCCAGAUUCACCAACUCGGCUGACCGGUUGAUGUUUCGCAUCGGACGCAAAGACAACCCCAUGGUAUUCCCAACACUAGCAAACUAUACCCAGACCGGCCUCACCAAAUUCACCGACCAAGAAGGCUUCCUCGUGGAGCACAAAGCUCCUGGCGCUGAUAAGUGGCGCUACUCAACCAACUGGGGCAGCUCGUGGAGCCCCUGGAACAUCUACGAUGGAAUCCCAAGCCACAUAACCAAUCUGCCAUGGUCCGGCACCAAACGACAACAGUGGGAGGGUGAUCAUGUCAUUUUGCAGUACUGGAGCCAAGUGGCCGGAAGUAGUCAGCACAUCCAACACAUGGACUCGUGGGAAGCAGAAACGUCCCCGCGGCGAUUCCCUCACUUGUUUGCCUUUGGAGAUUUUAAUCGCUAUGGCAACGAUAUCGGACUGAAAGAUUCCUUUUCUCUUGAUGGACAGAAGGGUGCAUGGACAUUUCACUUGUCGGACGAGUGGCCGUCUCAAUUCCAAGUGAACGUGUGGGGAAUCAAUCCAGACCAGGAGCUUGAUCGUACCUUCGUCCUCGGCGAUACCUUGAACAGCAGUCGGCUGAAUCGAUUACAACCGGACUCGCUCUCCGUGGCGGACAAUGUGGUGAACUUUUCCCACUUCCCACCCGCGCCUUACAUGGCGUACCGAAUGGAAUUGAACGACGGGACGUUGCGGUUCGAGCUUGUUCCAACCGGUCUGCGCCUUCACCAACAGGUCAUGUACAUCUUGUUAUGGAUAAUCCCCGUCUUCACGGCCGUCCUCAGCGUCUGGAUCUACAUGGGCGCAUUUUACCAUAUCACGUUCAACCGAACGGGGGUUUGGACUCGACUCCCAUUUCACCUUCUGCCCGCCUUCCUCCGCCCUCAUCGAGGCUUCACGAAGCUGGGCGACGAUAUACAUAACGGGGAGCCUGGGGUGGAGAUGACCAGUACAAAAGCGAUCGGAGUUCUCCCGGUGGCCGCCGCCUCGUUGCCGCGGCCAAAACGAACGGUCUUGCUGGCUACUCUGGAGUAUGACAUUGAGGAUUGGAACAUCAAAAUCAAGAUCGGUGGACUCGGCGUGAUGGCGCAACUCAUGGGGAAGAACCUUCCCCACCACGACCUCGUAUGGGUGGUUCCCUGCGUCGGCGGAAUCGACUAUCCACUUGACACCUCUGCCGAGCCCAUGUCCAUCGCCAUCGCCGGCGACAUCUAUGAAGUCCAGGUGCAAUACCACAAGCUACGCAACAUUACCUAUGUCCUUCUCGACGCCCCCAUUUUUCGCCAGCAGACCAAAUCAGAGCCCUAUCCACCGCGCAUGGAUGAUCUCCACAGCGCAAUAUACUAUAGUGCGUGGAAUAGUUGUAUUGCGGAGACGGUGAAACGCUUCCCUAUCGACAUCUACCACAUCAACGAUUACCACGGGGCCGCAGCACCGCUGUACCUACUUCCCCGCACAUUGCCUUGUUGUUUAUCGCUACACAAUGCCGAGUUUCAGGGUCUAUGGCCGUUGCGCGAUCAGAAGGAGCUCGACGAGAUUAGUGAGGUCUUCAAUCUAGACAUUGCGGUCAUCCGGAAAUAUGUGCAGUUUGGCGAAGUCUUCAACCUGCUUCAUGCAGGAGCGAGCUAUCUCCGCGUACACCAACGGGGCUUUGGUGCCGUUGGCGUGUCCAACAAAUAUGGCGAUCGCUCUUACGCAAGGUAUCCGAUCUUUUGGGGCCUCAAGGAAAUCGGCAAGCUUCCUAACCCCGACCCGUCCGAUACUGAACCCUGGGAUCCCGAGGCCGAAACUCAUCAGGUCAUCCAGGUGGAUCAGGAAUAUGAGAAAUCUCGCGGCAAGGACCGUUGUCAAGCACAGAAGUGGGCAGGGCUAGUAAUCGACCCAACGGCCGAACUGUUCGUCUUUGUCGGUCGCUGGUCGGUUCAAAAGGGCGUUGAUCUCAUCGCAGACGUCUUCCCUGCGAUUCUGGACAAGCACUCGAAUGUACAGCUGAUCUGUGUUGGGCCCGUCAUUGAUAUGUACGGUAAAUUCGCCGCCCUCAAGCUACAAGAGAUGAUGACGCUCUACCCCGGACGGGUUUUCUCAAAGCCCGAGUUCACUGCAUUGCCACCUUUCAUCUUCACGGGCGCCGAAUUUGCCUUAAUCCCAUCCCGCGAUGAGCCAUUCGGGCUUGUGGCGGUGGAAUUCGGUCGGAAGGGGGCCCUCGGGGUCGGGGCGUUGGUCGGUGGACUCGGCCAGAUGCCAGGCUGGUGGUUCCCCGUCGAGUCAAUGACAGUGAGGCAUCUCCAGAAGCAGUUCAAAUCGACAAUUGAAAGUGCAAUCGGAUCAAAACAAAUGGACCGUGCCAUGAUGCGCGCCAACUCGGCCAAGCAACGCUUCCCAGUGGCCCGAUGGGUAGAGGAUCUCGAUCAUUUACAAGCACAGUCCAUCCGCGUACACGAGCAGCACAGCGACCCUUUUCGGUGGAAGCCUCGUGUUUCCUCACGAUCGCGCGGUGGUCGACAUUCACGCAACGUCAGCCAAGUAUCACUGGUCAUGAUGCGAACCCCGAGUCCGCACAUAGAUGGAGCGAAUCCGAUCUCUACCUCCUCGGCAGCUGACACUCGGGAUGAAGGUCUCCAUCGCUCCCUCUCGCUAGGGGUCCGAUCGGGACCGGGGCAUCAGCCCAGACGGACCGUUUUACACGAGGGUACAGCGCUCACUCCCCGACUAGAAGAAAUUGCCGAUCUAGAUGAGCAGCCCAUAUCAGCCGAAGAGGCCGAGGCUAUUGUCAACCGAGAAUAUGACUCCUACGAUGUGGAAGAGGGACAACGCGGCCGUUCGCUUUCGGGGACUUCAUUAAACUCGGUUGGGUUACCAGGUCUAGGGAUACAUGACGCAAUAUCGCCAGCACGGAGAGGCAGAUCACUAAGGAGGUCGUCUGUGUUAAGCCUGGAUCAGAUCAGAGGAACACGCCAGAGUUUCUCGUUGGAAAAUGCGGAUCCCACGUUCAAGGACGAAACCGGUAAAUACUCACGCUCUUUCCAAGGUAUGCUGCAGCGAUUGAAUGGUAAGAACUCGGAGAAUGAUCUCUGUAUUGAGAAUUUCAUCGUGCACAGCGAGAAGGAAUGGUCCGACAAUCUGCGUCAAGUCAAGCUCGGCCGCGGACCCUCUCGCAGCCCGUCGCCCUUUGUCGGAUCUCACAGUUCACUGUCGGUGAAUGAAGCCUUUGAUGAGAUCGACGACGAUGGGUCGGCCUGGGAGGACCUGUCGAUGCAGGGAUUGUUGCGGCCCCAAAGCUUCCAACGACCAGCGGCGAUCCAACGCUGGAUGUUGACCCGCAUAUUUGAUUGGCCAGUCUACUCAAUUUUGCUCGCCUUGGGUCAGAUCAUGGCCGCCAAUUCGUCUCAGAUCACACUCCUCACUUCUGUAUCAGCGCGCAACCCCACUGCUCUAUACGUGCUGGGAAGCUUGUAUAUUGUCACCACCUGUGGCUGGUGGCUUGCAUUCCGGCGCUUCUCGUCGGUUUAUUUACUUUCGCUACCCUUCGUGCUUUACGGUCUUGCAUUUCUCACUGUUGGUAUUGCAGCAUUUAUUGCCCGCGCUACAAGUCGAGCCUGGGUAUACCAUGUUGCCACCGCAUUCUAUAUUACAGGCUCUUCCAGUGGUUAUCUGUUCUUUUCGCUCAAUUUUGGCGACGACGGGGGUUCAAAGAUUGAAUCUUGGGUGUAUCGAGCAUGCAUUAUUCAGGGCACACAGAAUAUAUAUGUCGCCGUGCUCUUUUUCUGGGGCACGGAGAUGAGCCCCCAAACUGGCAAUGGGCCAUUUGGAUCUCCGGGCAUUACGGCAGCGAUAACCAUGCCUAUAGGUGCUGUACUAUUUGUCAUCGCCGGGGUUCUUUUUGCCGGUCUGCCCAGCUACUAUCGCCAAACACCAGGAAAGAUCCCGGCUUUCUACAAGAGCAUCCUCCGACGCAAGAUUAUCAUCUGGUUUUCAGUAUCAGUGGUGCUGCAAAACUAUUUCCUCAGUAUGCCCUACGAACGUAGCUGGGCAUACCUUUGGGGAUCCAAAUAUGCGCCUCGUUGGAUGGUGCUAUUACUUGCUCUGGCCUUUUUCAUUGGGAUCUGGUACGCGCUCCUCGCAGUACUAGCCUGGAGAUCGAAGACCCAUUCCUGGAUCCUAGCUAUCUUUGCUAUCGGGCUCGGUGCCCCAAGAUGGGCACAGAUGCUGUGGGGCACGUCUGGUAUCGGAUGGUGGGUGCCGUGGAUUGUGGGCGGUCCCCGUGGUAGUGCCCUGGGCGGCCGAGUCGUCUGGCUCUGGCUGGGCGUUUUGGAUUCCAUCCAGGGCGUAGGGUUUGGUAUGAUCCUACUGCAGACACUCACCCGGAUUCAUAUCGCGGCGUCGUUGUGCGCUGCACAGUUGAUCGGCACAGUGACGACCUUGGUUGCUCGCGCCACCGCUCCAGAUCGUGAUGGACCGGGUGAUGUUUUUCCUGAUUUUUCGGCCGGUAUCAUCGAUGGAAUCUCAAAGCCAUGGUUUUGGAUUGGAUUGAGUUGCCAGCUGGCAAUCCCCAUUGGCUUUUUCAUGUUCUUCCGCAAUGAGCAGCUGACCAAGCCGUGA